AUGGGCACGAUGGGUAUACGUGAUUCGGGAUCCCAGUACAAUAUCGAUAAGGACGGCUCGCACUGCCCGCGGCCGCCACAGACCGACCUGCCAGACGUCAAAUGGCACAACAGAAUGUCGAGCAAGCCGUCCCGCCGGGCCGCGUUCUCCAAAGGAAUGAAUGCAGGGACGAUUGGUUCGUCUCGAAUUCCUCUGCACGACAGACUGACAGAAGCACAUCACCAAGGGACAAAGCCAUUUCUCAUCUCGCCACCCGAAACGCUGCCUCAGUUAGAACAACCAAGUGCAACGCUUUUGACACAACCAUCUCGGUCUUUGCACGACCUCUCGGAAGUCGUCCCUCCACCUUCAGCCUUCCGCAGGGUCCUGCAGGGCAGAAGACGACCGGGUCCACUCCUGCUUGCUCAACACUUGCUUAAGCGACCGACGGGCUCUACUUGGACCGUCGAGAGCGGUGAGACCCGCAGAGGAUAG